CCCCCUUUUCCACCACAUAACAAAGCCCUCAUCCCAUCUACGUCGAGCCCCCACCCCCUGGUCACACAGCAUCAGCAAGCGUACCCCGCCCUUUGACUCUCGAGGUCAGCCAUUACACCCGCAGAUCCCAUUCUCUCAUCAGCAACCAUGGGCAGCGCCCCCUCCAAGCCCGCGUCCCCGACGACACCGGUCGAGAAAUCAAAUGCCGCGUACGUCCACCACGUGUCGGCUGACCGCACGGCGCGCAUACAGGCAGAGCAACAGCAUCGCGCCUCCCGCUGGACGCAACAUGACCAGCUCGACGCAGACGCCCCCGGCGAGGGAACCGCCGAGAUCGCGCUCGAUAGGCUUGAUGAGUGGCACCAAGAUGCAUUUGCGGCACCAACCUCGCGCUUGGCGGCCAUGACGCUGCACAACGCCAACAUUGCCGACUCGCUGCACGUGCGCGAUGCCGAGAUUACUAACCAACACGUCUUUACGCACAGCGUGCCUCUGCACGCCAAGGCAGUCACCAACCAAAAAUCCUCCGGGCGGUGCUGGCUGUUUGCACUGACAAACCUGAUCCGGCUCGAGGUGAUCAAGCAGCUGGAUAUCAAGGACGCCGACUUUGAGCUGAGCCAGUCGUACCUGCACUUUUGCGACAAGCUCGAGAAGGCAAACUUCUUCCUCGAGAACGUCAUCGAGCUCGCCGACCGCGCGUGGGACGACCGGGAGCUCUCGUUCCUCUCGUCCUCGUUCUACUCGGACGGCGGGCAGUGGGACAUGGUGACGUCGCUAAUUGUAAAGUACGGCGUCGUGCCGCAGUCAGUGUUCCCCGAGUCUUUCAACUCGUCCAACACGUCGCGCAUCAACUGGCUCGUCACUGUUAAGGUGCGCGAGAUGGCGCAGGAACUGCGCGACCUCAAGGCCGUCUCCGAGGAGCGCCUCGCCGCGUCGGUGGCAUCGGGGCGCUUGACGCCCGCGCAGCGCGACGCGGCCGUGCUCGGCACGCUGCGUGCGCACAAGCAAAAGCAGAUGAAAGACGUGUACCGCAUGCUGGCCAUCGCGUACGGCAAGCCACCGCGGCCACACGAAGAGUUUGAGUUCAGCUGGUACGACUCGAAAGGGCGCUACCAAAGCCUGCGCACGACGCCGUACGACUUCCAGGUCAAGUACACAGGCACGUUCACCGCGAAGGGGUCCUGCUCGCUCGUGCACGACCCGCGCAACGAGCCGAACAAGCUGAUUACCGUCUCGCGCCUUGGCAACAUCUGGGGCGCUGAGCCAGUGCGGUACGUUAACACGGACCCGGAGCUGAUGAUGCGCAAGGUCGUGGAGAGCGUCAAGGCGGGCCACGCGGUGUUCUUCGGCUGUGAUGUGGGCCAGUUCAGCCACACGCCGAGCGGGAUCAUGGACACGAAGCUAUACGACUACGAGCACGCAUUCGGCAUCACGCUCGGCCUGACCAAGAAGGAGCGCCUGCAGAUGGGCGAGAGCCAGAUGACACACGCAAUGGUCAUCGACGCGGUCCACCUCGACGCCAAGACCGGCGCACCCCUGCGCUUUGCCGUGCAGAACUCGUGGGGCAGCACCGCAGGUAAGGAGGGGUACAUGGUCAUGAGCGCCGAGUGGUUCUGCCAGUUUGUGUACCAGGUCGUCAUCCGCAAGGAGUUUGUGCCCAAAGACCUGUGGACGCUGUUCGAGAACGGUGUCGACGAUCGCUCCAUCGUCCUGCCGUGCUACGACCCCAUGGGCGCGCUCGCUUGAUGGCCGCUGGCUGGCAGACCUGCUGAACCUGAACCUGCAUACCAUGUUCUGCGUACUUUGUUGGAUGUAUCUUGUAAUGCGACAGCUCUCUUGACAAACACGUAUGAAAGCGAAA